AUGAGCAGAAUUGAUCAACCGCACGAAGUAGCUAAUCAGGGGCAAGUAAUAGAUGGUGGCGAAUCACCGGAUGCUGCUCAAGCUUUGGCUGCUGAAACAGCACAAAGACAAGCACUUCCAUUACCGAAUCAAUUUGGUGCUGUACGAGAUAGAUUAUUUCAUGCAAUGCUUGUUCGUGUAGCAAUUAGUUAUAACCGACACGUUCCCCUACUGGGAAAACGUUUCAUUGAGUUUUCAGUUUUAAUUACGGCAAUGACACUACUUAGUGUCAUGAUUUAUGUACAUUAUUUUUUCGAUAAAACGGAUAGCAACUGUUUAGCUCCACUUAUUGAUAAAUGGCCCAGAGAUGGUGUUUUACGUGUAGAAGUUAUCAGGAAUUUGGAAAAAUUUAAUGCAUAUCAAGAUAGAUUGAUAGGCAAGAAAUGUUUGCUUUCAUUAAAGAAGUAUUUUUUUUUUGAAAAAAAUUCUCGGGUAGUAUCAUUUUGCACUCGUGAAUCAAUUUAUUGCUCUUCGAAAUCUCAUCAGCUUAGCAAUAAUAUCUGCUCAAAAAAAUAUAUUAAUUUAGAAGAGUCGUAUGCAUUGCAAAAGGAAAACAGCAAUUCAUCUGUUUAUGAUUUAAGACGUGUGUUGUUGGAAGGUCCCAGUGCUUUACCAAAAGAAUUGCGAAGUGCUCUGAAACCUUUUAUCCAGAAAAAGAACAAUCACUGGACCAGCUUUCUAACUUCAGAAGAUAUGUUAUUUAGUUUUUUUCUAACAUCAGAAAACAUUUUAAAGAAGAGACAUAUAAUAGAAGAAUCAAAUAGUGACGAAUUGGACAAAAGAACUUCUGAUUUAUUUGGUGCAAUCUUUAAAUUUCUGUUUGAUGAUUCGGAUGCAAGUUUUGAAUAUGUUGUGGAAUAUUCUUUACAUUAUGGCUUGCUAAAAUUAUCUCACCCUUAUCGUAUGGAACACAACAUUCCAUUUCUACUUGUUAGGCUAGAUCCUGAGAUCGACAGUUGUUUUGGUGACUGGAUUAGUCGAACACUGAUGAAGUAUUUUAUUGGUUAUGAGGAUGUGUUAAUGACCUCAGUUAAAGCACUAGCAGAAAAUGAAACAGAGAAGGGUUAUUUACGUGACAUGAUUACGGGAGAGCAUUAUCGUUUUGUUACUAUGGGCAGUCCGAGAACCAGUUACUUUACUGCUUUAAUCGUCAUGUUAAUUUUUACGUUUGCAAUAUCUAUGUUACUUCGUUUUUCACAUCACCAAAUAUUCUUGUUCAUUGUCGAUUUAUUACAAAUGUUUGAGCUAAAUCAAGCAUUGGUAUUUCCUGCAGCGCCACUUCUCACUGUCAUCUUAGCUCUUGUUGGUAUGGAAGCUAUAAUGUCAGAAGUAUUCAGUGAUACCUCAACAGCAUUUUAUGUAAUAUUGUUGGUGUGGAUAGCAGAUCAGUAUGAUGCAAUUUGUUGCCAUUCACCUAUUAGUAAACGACACUGGUUGAGAUUCUUUUACUUGUAUCAUUACGCAUUUUAUGCUUAUCAGUAUCGCUAUAAUGGACAGUACGGUGGUUUAGCCUUACUUACUUCAUCGUUAUUCAUUUUGCAUUCGAUGAUAUUUUUUUUCCAUCACUAUGAAAUGCCUUUAAUCGUUUACCAUGAACGACUGCAGCGGAUUAUCACGGAUUUACAGCACAAUCCGCCUCAGCAACAGAGAGAAACGACGAAUAUUUCUGCGACAUCUUCAGCAUUUUCCUCUGUUGAUGCUACCUUAGAGAUGGCAUCUACAAGAGCUUUGUCUGUUGAGGUUGCGGAGAGUGGAAAUGGUCAGGAGGAUGAAGCUUCGACAUCAAGAGUUGAAAUUAGCAUCAGAUCUAGACAAGAAGCGCCUAACAGAUCUCUAGAAUCAAAUGAAAAUAUUAGCUCAUUGGGCCGUAUAAUAACAGUAAAUGACUCUUUGUUAAUAGCCGGUGAACGUACCGCGCGUGAAAUUAUUGAUAGUGUUAUUGACAGUGUGUUCAAUACAACAACAUCAACUUCAAUGGCUGAAACAUAUAGCUCUUCUUAA